GCAGCCAAUCAGGAAACGCUCCGCUCCGCUGCUUUGGACUUUCCCUCCGUCACAUAUAUAACAACUGAUUUCCUCUUCGCCUUCAGCACCGUUGGCUGAUCCCUGUCUCUGUUCUGCACUUAGUUUAGGUUUUAUCUCCAACUAGCUAUGCUCCUAGUGGAGAGGCUGUAUGUCUUUGUUUUAUGCAAUGUGGCUGCGACCGUCGCCUCUUCCGACAAGAUGACAGCAGCCACAGUGUACUGGGACCCCCAGCACAAGAGCGUCCUCCUGAAGGAGGGGGUGCUGGAGACAGCGGGGGAUGCAUAUGGUUACCUGAAUGACACCCUGUCCAGUACAGGCUGGAGCAUCCUAGAGAUCCGUGCAGGGUACGGAAAGACCCCCGAAACUGAUGAGAUCACCUUCUUCCUGGCGGGAUACCUCGAAGGCUUCCUCUCUGCUCAGCAGAUGAUCAACCACUACGCCAACAUGUAUCCGCAGCUCAUCCAGGACCCAAAGAUCCUCGGCCCGGUUCAGAGUUUCAUGAAGAAGCAGGACUCAUGGACCAGAGAACAGGUGAAACUGAACAAGAGCUCCGACCCUCUGUGGAGACACGCGGGCUUCAUCGUGGCCCAGAUGGACGGAUUGCAAGCAGGAGUCGCAGACUGGGCCAAGAAGUACGGCAAAAAGCCGCUGUCCCUGUUUGACAUCCAGUUCCUAAAUGCAGUGGGAGACCUGCUGGAUCUGAUCCCAGCCUUGGUCCCCAGCUCCAACCCUCGGCUCAGAGACUUCAAACUUCCAGGGAUGGGACACUGCUCUGCCCUCAUCAAGAUGCUGCCCGGCUAUGAGAACCUCCUGUUUGCCCACUCCAGCUGGUACACAUACGCUGCCACAAUGCGUAUCUACAAACACUGGGACUUCCGCAUCACUGAACCCAACACUGCCACUGGAAAACUGUCCUUCAGCAGCUACCCUGGUUUCCUGGUGUCUCUGGAUGAUUUCUACUUGUUGGGCAGCGGUCUGAUGAUGACUCAGACCACCAACAACGUCUUCAACUCCUCCCUUUUUGACACAAUCACCCCCAACAGCCUGCUGGCGUGGCAGAGGGUCAGGCUGGCUCACAGUUUGGCACACACAGGAGAAGAGUGGGCCAAAACCUUUGCGAUGUACAACUCUGGUACCUACAACAACCAGUACAUGGUGUUGGACCGGAGCAAAGUGAAGCUGGGCCAGAGUGUUGAUGACGGCGCUUUGACUGUGGUGGAGCAGAUCCCAGGCCUGGUGGAGUACUCUGACCAGACACAGGCACUGCGCAGAGGUUACUGGCCAUCCUACAACGUUCCCUUCCACCCGAAGAUCUACAUGAUGAGCGGGUACGGUGAAAUGUGGAAGGAGUACGGAGAAGACUUCUCCUAUGAUCUUUGUCCCAGGGCCAAGAUCUUCCGUCGUGACCAGGCUGUCGUUAAGGACCUGGACUCUUUAAAGCACAUCAUGAGGUUCAACGACUACAAGAAGGAUCCAUACUCCAAGGGUGACCCCUGCAAGUCCAUCUGCUGCCGUAACGACCUGAGGGCAGAGAAAGCUUCACCAGGAGGUUGCUAUGACACUAAGGUAACAGAUUUCAACAUGGCUGGGGACUUCGGUGCGGAGGCGGUCAACGGGCCAACGACACAGGACGGUCUCCCGCCGUUCUUUUGGGAUAAAUUCAGCAGCAUCAGCCAUCAGGGCCUGCCACUGUACUACAACUUCACCUUCGUCAAGAUGCAGCCUGCUCUCUUCGAACCAUGAGGGGUGUGUGUGUGUGUGUGUGUGUGUGUGUGUGUGUGUGUGUGUGUGUGUGUGUGUGUGUGUGUGUGUGUGUGUGUGUGUGUGUGUGUGUGUGUGUGUGUGUGUGUGUGUGUGUGUGUGUGUGUGUGUGUGUCUUUCAGAGCAAUGAAUGCCAAAGCUAAAAUGUACAAUCUGAUGUUUCUGUUGAAGUUUACACAUUGAUUUUUACAAUGAUGACUUUUAUUUCAACUAUUGCUGAAAAUGCAGAAUCACACCUCACCAUGUGCUUUCUUCCUACGAUAUAAAGCUUCCACCUUCUGAAAUGUAAACGUUUUCAAACUGCCAGAUUUAAAAUCAGUAUUUUAUUAAAAAUGUGUCUCAGGGUUAAAUUUUACAUUAAUAAUGUUAUACCUGCAGUCAUUUGUGCCUUGAACAAUGAGAGUUACUACAUAAUUGUAUAAAAUGCAGAAUCAAUGCAGUAAAUCAGUUGUUAUUGCGUCCUUCCAGAUAGAUUUUCUUUCUCUUUUAUUUUGAUUUUCAUGCAUGCAAAUACUUUAGUUAUAAUGGUGAAUGAAACAAUCAGUGCAAUGUUAUACUCAGGGCUGUUGAUCCUCUCUAAUGAUGUGAUUUAUAUGCAUCUGUUUCUUGUGUCGGCUCAGUGAAAGAGCAUUGGGUUUAUAUUUUUGCGUAAGCCUGUAUUUCUUUGUGUGAUUUGUUUAUUAAAGUUUUAACAGUUGUA